AUGCUUCUCCUUCUCUCCUUAUUUCUCUUCUUCUCCGUGUCGCCCGUUGCUGCCCAAUACGACGUCUUCACUUUCAACGUGACAAUGAUGUGUCGGCACGAGGUGCAGUUCACCUACGACGCCACCUUCAACAUCCGCUACGAGGAGCCGGACCGUCCGAUCCAGUACGGCGCCAUCGGCUCCGUGAACAGUGUCGGAAACGCCGGCUUCAACCGCUUCGUCGUCUCCGGAUUCUUCGAGUUCGAGCUGUCCAGGGCGCCCGUCUGGGAGCCCAUCGCCCGCAUCAACCACAAUUGCGUGGCGAAGGGCGUCAAGAAGUACAAGAAGAUCAUGCUGAACUUUGCAAGUGUUCCGGCCGUCCGCAAGAAGGUCAACUACGUCUACAAGUUCCAAAUCGACAUCACCGAUAAGGAAGGAAACUUCCUGCCGGAAGCCGAGAUCACUACUGCCUGA